GACAGAGUUUACUUAAGUCAUAUACAGACUUGUUUGAAUAGACCUACUUCACAAUGUCGGGAAUGCAUCUGCUACCCAGGUCCAGGCAACUCCAUGGACAUGCACAACAACAGGGACAGAACUCGACACUGAGCUAUGCUAACGGUCUAAGCUCGUUCGGAAUUCCUCGCAUUCCGGAUAGGACCAUAGCUAGGGCAGCAACACCACCGCUAGCGGCAGCAGACAUCCCCGCCGCCGAUCCGAGCGUAGAGCAAGAAGCUCAAGAUAUCCCGGGGCAGGAUGCGACUGGCACCAUAGACAACGAAAUCGUUGGGAACACUGGUGGCAACGAGGUCCAGAACCAAGCAGCAGCCGCGGGACCGAGUGGCGCAGGCGGCCACCCUCCCAUCGGCCCAGAGCGUAACGCACCUGUGGAUGCGGGACAUAGCCAGACCCGCGCGAGGCGAGCUCGCACAACGGAAGCGAUCCGAAGCGCAACAGGAGACGAGAUUAAAGCUAUCGUGACAGGCGUACUCUGCCGAGACACUACCAACCGCCACCCACAUCUGCGUGACCUGAUCAGCGCAAUGAUUGACAAUGCGGCUCUUAGCCGAGCCCUCAGCACUUGGCAGCAAUACGUGCCGGAUAUCCGGCGCUGGAUAGCCUUCUGCGCGAAGGUACGGGAGUCCCCUCUAGGUCAGGACCCGGUAGUAGCUGCAGCUUUCCUAACGGAGACGCGCAGAGCAGCAGCAGUACGCAACAUAGGACCCGGCACGGUCGAGCGCGCUAGCGCAUCCAUCUCAGCGUUCUAUGAGCUCGCCGGCCUGCAGUCCCCAUGCGCACACAGCCUGUGCGCGAACGCUCGCGAGGUAGCACGACGCACCCUUCAAGCGAAGCAGCGCAACCUGGGAGUCGCGACAGCGCAGGAGGUAGAGCAGCUAGCAAGCCACCACCUCAACCCACAGGCCCCGCUGCUAACCCGCAUGGUCGUGACCUGCGCGGUCCUGGCCUUCUGCGGCCUCCUGCGGUUCGACGACCUAUCCCACAUCCUUGUGCACACCGACUUACUGCGCAUCUACGCCGACCGGGCAGAGGUCUUCCUAUUCAAAAGCAAGACAGAUCAGCACUGCCGCGGUACAUUCGUAACCAUCGGCCGCAUUGACAGCCCCUUCUGCCCGGUACGCCUGUUGGAGGAGCUGCUGCAAGCAGGGCAGUAUAAGCGCAAGCCCGCCGUUACCAGGCGGGACGGCAAGGAGGAGGACGCAGAGGAUGUGGG